GCGAAAGUUCAAGCUAGAGCUCAAUCUCGCUAGGAGUAUCUCAACGAUAAAGCCCGGGCUCUGGAGGCUGUGACCGUCAGUGUCUGGCUAUAAAAAAGGUUCUAAUUCCGGUGACGUCGUAAUAAAACGUGUAUAUGCUCCCAAAACAUCCUCGUUACUGGCAUCCUGCACACAAUGGAUAAAGCAAAUACAAUACCGUACAAUCUUCCUAGCGAUGCCGUUUGGUUCAUCACGGGAUGUUCCUCCGGCAUCGGCCUCGCGUUGGCACAGGCUAUCGCCAAAACACCAAAUAGAGUAGUCACAACCGCUCGCAAGCCAUCAUCCCUGGCUGAUAUUCCAGACAACGCCAAUGUGCUCAAGCUGGCGCUAGACGUAACUUCGGCGUCUGCCAUCGACGACGCCCUUGGUGCCGCGGUCUCGAAAUUUGGUCGUAUCGACGUGGUCGUGAACAACGCCGGCUACGCCCUGGUCGGCGACACUGAAUCCGCGGGCGACAAGGAGUCGCGAGCUCUCAUGGACACCAACUUCUGGGGGAUGGUAGACGUCUCAAAACGUGCUAUGGGCAUUAUGAGAGACGAGAAUCCAAAGACCGGGAAGCAGGGCGGCGUUAUAUUGAACAUCAGCUCCAUGGGUGGCUGGAUGGGAUAUCCAGCUGCUUCAUUCUAUCACGCAAGCAAGUUUGCGAUGGAAGGCUGGACGGAGGCGGUGGCGAAAGAGCUUCCAAUCGAGUGGAACAUUCAUCUAUGCAAUAUUGAACCCGGUGGUGUUAAGACCAACUACGCCAGCUCUUCGCUCAAGUACAUGGCUGAGCGUCAUCCUGCAUACUCAAACCCUGCGUACCCUAAUAAUGCAGUCAUAGCAUAUAUGGAGGACCCGAAAAGCAGAGAUGGUUGGGUAGGCGCGGACCAAAUUUCUACGGCAAUCUAUCAACUCGUAAGUCGGGGCCAGCGGAUCCCUAUUAGAUUACCCCUUGGGUCUGACUCGUGGAGCGCGAUUAUGGCCGAUCUGGAGAAAUGUAAGGUGGACUUUGAGGAAUUGAAGGAGUUCAGUAAUGGUGUAAAUCGCCGUUCAUGAAUUUAACAGGGGCAUCUCAGCCACCAGCAGAUUCUCAAACGCUUCGUGAGCUGAAAAGUUUGAAUGUCUAAGUCGUCGCUGGUAAUCCUAGCCGGCUACAGGCAGAUUCAGGGUCAAAAAACGUGAUAACGAU